UGUUUAUAUUGUACCUCAAAUUUAUUACUGACAAGGUUUCUUUCACCUUUUCGAGUUGUUCAUCAAAACAGCGAGCAGGUGGUGAAGUCAUAUUCUGCUUAACAACUGUCAAUUUUCCUAUACAUGCUAUAAUUCACUGUCAUUCCCAAUACCAUUACUCUUGUUUUCACUUAGAUUGGCCAGCACUCUUCGAAAAUCCAAACGUCUCUCCAAAUAUCAACUUACUGAACUAUAAGGGAAAAAGCUAUUAUUUCAACAACGAGUUUUUUGCAACGUUCCUAGAAGCCAACCAGUUUUGUCAAAUGUUGGAUAUGGAGUUGGUAUCUAUACUAUCUGAAGAUGAAAAUAAUAGAAUCUACAAAUACAUAAGAGAUACCCUUGUUGGUACAUCUUUCUGGUCAUCUGGAACGAAGUUAAUAGAUGACAAAAACUGGUAUUGGCUUCCCACUGGAAAAAAAGUAGAAUACACCAACUGGCUUCCUGGCUUUCCAGAUAACAAAGAAGAAAAGUGCAUACAGCUGAUACAACAGAGAGAUAAAGGUCUCAUGUGGAAUGACUUGGGUUGCACAGGCCAGCUGAAUUUCAUUUGUCAGUCACCAACUGAGAAGUACAUCCGUGGAGGAAGUUGUCCAACAUCUGGAGACUGUCCCACCGCUCAACCUAGCACUGUACCUCCAACUCCGUCUCUAACUCCGUCACCAAAGCCUCAAGACAUCUAUCAUCUCAGUAAAGACAGGCUCACAUACUCGCAAGCAACAGAAGCCUGCCGAAAUCAGUCCAUGAAGCUUGUCAGUAUUCAAACCAAGGAAAAAAACGACGCUAUAAACAGUGUUUUGCAGAAAAGUGGAGCGAACGAAUACUAUUGGACAUCUGGAAAUCGAAUAGCUGAUGAGAAAACUUGGAUAUGGCCACCUAGUGAGAAAAUAACCUACUUCAACUGGGACCAAGGAGAACCCAACAACUUGAGAACCCACGAGAAUUGUCUGGAAGUGUUCAAGUCCGGCACUGACACUAAAUGGAACGAUGACCCGUGCGAUCAGAAAAACUUAUAUAUUUGCGAAAGUCCUGCUCAGGUUCCCGUCACAGGAAGUUGUAGCCAGUGUUGCCCAUCAUCAGUUAUCAAUGUUUACGUCAACAACAAUUUGAUAUCUACCAAUGUGACAGACACGAAGAGGAUCUCUACAACGUCUAGCAACAAACCCGGCCAGUCUUAUGACGUUGAAGUUAACAACAACGUGAACGAUGGCGGGCAAAGUGGAAGUAAUACGAAAUCACCUCCCAGUAAUCGAAUACAUCAUCAUGUCAGCGAGAAGAAACAUCCUGCGAAGCAUCCUAAGUCCAUUUGAAUUAUUUGAAAUCAUUACUCAAUUCAACUUAUAUAAUAUGGAUGAAGCAUGUAAAUUAUUUGAUUUCAAUCUUCCAUCUAAUGCCAGUUGGAAAAAAACGAUUCAGACAUAUAUUUAUGAAUAAAACUCGUUAUGUUUUUGGUAA